CUGGGCAGUUGGGGUGGUGGUGGUGUUUAUCAGCACUGCCUGCCUGCCUGCACUGAGGGAAAUAUCUCUGGGGAAGAGAUGGGGGGGCGGGGGGUCUGGGGAGACCUGGGGGAGGGUGGUAGCAGGUUACUCAGAGUCACUUUGCGGCUGAAUAGAAGCUGAGACUCUGUAAUUGUAGGGCAGCUCACAGGGCAGAUUAGGAGGAGAUUUGUCUCUACAGGGAAAAUUCAUAUGAAAAUGAACAAGAACAAAGCGGUGCAUUAAAACAGCUUUGACGUGCUAACACAGCGAACAAUUUAAUCCUCCGUUGGUUUGCGUGCGUGCAUAUGUGUUAGUAUCUCUGCUUGUAUGUGCCAGCGUGAAUAUCCCACAGUUAUUCACAUUCAUGCAGUAUGUCUGUCUGAGCAAACCCUCUCUGAAUCUCCAGCUCUCUCUCCCUCCCUCACCCUCAGUCUGUUGCGCCCUCCCCCUCCUUCCCUCUCUGUGUGAGCGUAGUCUGGGCGCUGAGCCAAGUAGAGUGUGUUUUUUUGAAUGAAUACCUGAUGCGGCUGAUGAGGCUGGCUGGGGGAGGAGCUGUGUCAGUGGAGUACUGAGAGAGAGAGAGAGAGAAAGAAAGGAGGGAGGAUGGUAGAGAGGCAGAAAUACAGAGAACGAGUGAGAGAGAGAGAGGGAGGGAGGGAGAGAGAGAGAGCGAAGCAGCCAGGCAGAGAGGGAGCUGGCGGUCUGGUGGCCUUGCAUAACACACGUUGAAGCAGCCUUGCGCACAGGACUUGCUGUGAGCUUCAGCAGUGGGGAACUUCCUUUACCGUCAGCCUGCAGGGGCAGCGUAGCUUCCAAACCGGAGAGUCCAGAGAGGAAGGCAGAGCUGGAGCAAGCUACAGCACAGGCUCCAGGAGAGGAGAGCGGCACAAAGGAGAGAUUCAGGAAGAGGAGUCCUAGGAAACACGUCUCCAGCACACAUACACACAAACGCACGCACACACACACACACACAUACUGAGAGGCAGGAAGAAUCCUUGGACAUGCUCUGCAAGCAGUGGCUGUGGAGAGACUGGUUACUGCAGACAUUGUGGAAGAGGUGAAUCUGUCAGAGAUGAUUCCUCAUGAAGUCUAUGGAGCUCAUUUUGUGAGCUGGAGUGACUUCAUCUUCUCUGGUCUGAGACCUGGAGCUGUCUACCAGUGAAAACAAAGAGAGUCACAGCCACACAACACACAGAGAGGACAGCCCCAGCACACAACCACUGAGUGGAGGUGAGAGAGAGAGAGAGAGACACAGCACUGGCAGAGGAUCUCAGAAGUAGUAUCAGGGAAUAUUAAAACCACACUGGAACAAUGAAAUCUAACCAGGAGCGGAGUAAUGGAUGCCUGCCUCCUAAGAAGCGUGAAAUUCUGGCUCUGGAGCAGAGGCCCGUGGUAGUAGCCACAGCGACGCCCCCAGCCGCAGUGGUGACCGACAGUCCCCACACGGAGAACUUGGCGUGGCUGGCAAGUGUAGCCAGUGAACGCUGCAAAUCUAGGGAUGCAGAGAGCCCAAGAUGUCCCAUGUCCUCCACUUCCUCCUCUUCUCCUUCCACUUCUGUCCCUUCCUCGACCACACCUUUGUCUGCAGUGCCCCUGGCCUCUCUGCCUGCAGUUUACCCCACCGCCCUGCCCCAACAGGCCGGGACUAUCCAGUUUGCGCAGCUGGGACCCAACGUUCAGUUCAUCAGCUCAGGGCCCUAUGCUGGCUACAUCUCCUCUCACAUCAUCUCGACAAAUGCUAGCUCUGUGCCUAACAGCUCUGCCAUAGUGGGACAGCGUCCGCAGGUUGAAAGUUACACCACUGCCCUCAUCUCUCCCAACACCAAAGGAGAGCAGCAGUUUCAAAUAGGCCUCUCCCCCACAGAAAUGGCGCCUGUGUCGCUACCAAGCUCUCCCCAGGUCACCAGCCAGUACAUCCAUCUGGACAGCAGAACACCUCUGACUGUCAGCGGAAACGCUGUCACGUCACCCACAGCCCACCUUCAGCUCCACCCUCACGCAGCCGUCCUCCCUCAGACACUUACCCUCGCUCCCUCCCAGCUGGUGGUUCAGUAUGCAGAUGGUUCAGCUGGAAAGAAACCAGAGGGACAUGCUAAGGGUGUACUGAAUGGGGAAUUGGAAGUGGUCAAACAGGCAAAAGCCCCCAGUCUGCCAGCGAACCAUCAGCAGGUUCAGAGCUAUGAAGCCAGACACAUCCUUCUGCCUGCAGACUAUGGCCAAAACCCCGCAGGACUCCAGACCUCCUUGGUGCUGGUGGCCCAGCCCAACCAUGGAGUUGAACAUGAAGCUGGCUCAAAUAAGAUUUCCUUAGUCCAGACUGAAAAGGGAGGCAUCUGCUUGGGGAAACCAGUGUCCAGAUCUUCCUCUUUCACCUCCCUCUCUUCCUCAGAGGUGGUGAAGUCUGUCACUCCUCAUACAGUCAUCCAGACCACUCUACCCCCGGAGGAGCUGCCAGCCAGUCUCUAUUCCUCCACACAGCCACCUAUCAUUGGCUAUAUCACCAGUGCUAAUCAGCACGCUGUCAGCUACCAUGCAGCACUGCCCCAGCACCUUGUCAUCCCAAGCGGCCAGUCCCUCCUCAUCCCAGUCAGUGGUGCCAAUAACGGCACAGAAAUCGAGGUCAGUCGUACUGUCAGCGCCCUGACUGCUACCACCACCCCUCAAAUAUCCACUGCCAUGCCGCACGCCUAUCUGGCCACAGCCCUGUCCAAGUGUGAGGCGCUUGGGCCAGAUGGAAAUCAACCACCCCCCGCUGUCGCACAGGCUCCAGUGCUGCCGGUCCUGCCCUCAAACCCGGCCCCUGCAGUGGUGGCAGCUCCCUCCCCGACCCCUGCCCCUGUCCCAACCCCGGCCCCUGUUUCCAUCCAAGCCUCCCCCUCCAUUUCCUCCUCCUCUUCCCCUGUGGCACUUCCUCCAUUCUUCAUGCGAGGCUCCAUCAUCCAGCUGGCUGAUGGGGAGCUGAAGCGUGUGGAGGACCUCAAGACGGAGGACUUCAUCCAGAGUGCUGAGAUUAGCAGUGAGCUGAAGAUUGACUCCAGCACUGUUGAACGUAUUGACAGUGGGCAAACUCCCAAUGCUGUGGUCAUACAGUUUUCCGUGGGAGAGCUCAAAGCCCAGGUGUGUGUAGAGGUGCUGGUGGAGUACCCCUUCUUUGUAUUUGGUCAGGGCUGGUCGUCCUGUUGCCCAGACCGGACCACCCAGCUGUUUGAGCUGUCCUGUGCUAAGUUGUGUGUGGGUGAUGUGUGUGUGUCGUUGACCCUCCGCGGGUUGAGGAAUGGUUCGGUGACAGACAGCCAGGCUUUGGGGACUAAGCUGAAGACGAGUCACCUCUCUGACUCCUGUCACAACGUGGAUGCCACUGUAAGAAACAGUAUGAGUCCAAACGCUGCAGGCAGUAAUAGUGGCCUCCUAAUGAAGGCCUCCAGCACAGAUAGGCUGGAGAGGGAGCAGGUAACUGGACCUGGACCAGGACUAGAGCUACCACCGGGAUUGGGAGUAGUUCCAGGACCAGUGGAGGGGAUCUACGGAAGUGGACAAAUGCUGACAGCCUUGGGGACUGGAGAAGUAAGACAGGAAUCAGUGAAAACAGACAUGCCUGCUCUUACCAAAAUACAAUGUGGUGAUCCAGAGAGACCCACAGUCCGCAAGAGACGUUGGUCAGCGCCAGAGAGAGACCAGACUGAGAGAGCUGAGGAGGAGCCUCCUCUGACUCUGCCCAAACCCUCUUUUGUCCCUCAGGAGGUUAAAAUCAGCAUAGAGGGCCACUCCAGUACCGGGAGUGAAAGGUGCUUGAACAAAAGAGUAGACUGUUGAGAGAACUUUAAGGAAUUUUAAAUACCUGUGGUUUGCUUUGUGUUUAUCCUCUCUGUUUUCUCUCUAUCCAGACUACUGUAAUAUAGACUGAGUUUACACAGUAUUUACAUGUUUUCUUUUCUUUCACACAAGUCUGGUAUUUACGAUGAAGUUCAGCAGAGCACCUUCAUAAGUGGUAUCACACAUGAGAUCAGUGCAAUCAAUACUGAAAGCAAAAAUGAAUGCAGCGUGAAUGUUGAGUAUGAAUGGCAGUCAGUCACCUGAGUGACAUUUCACUUCGACAUUUGAUCUCUUUUGACACGUGGCUUAAACCUGUUGAAUGCAGACCAGUCAGCCAUUCCUCUUAUCACGCGAAAAAAGCACAGACCCCGAUGUCAGCGUGUAGAGAGUGGGUAACCAUAUUUUGACUGUGAUUCUGUUUCUUUCACUGUUUAUGUGGUUUGAUUUGACAUUUAUGAGAGACUUGUGGUGUUUCAGUGACGAUGCUCAAUCAUCAUGGCUGUGAUUUAUGUUGCCUUGUUUAUCGGAUGAGGUUUUUAGUUUUAUUUCCAUAUUUUUAAUUUUCAUACCAUUACAGAUGCGUGCUACCACCGUUGGGUUGUGCCACUUGUCUCCACAUGUAUGUUCUUGUGUGUUGGUUUGUAUGUGAUUUUUCGUGUGGCUGUCAGAUGGAGCGCAGGUGUCAGGUGUUUGUGUGGCUGGUAGCUGUGAGCUCAGUUGUCAGUGUAACCUGCAAAUAUCACAACUGAAAAGGCCUGAAUGUAAACCAGUGAAUUUGUCCUCAAUAUUGACUCAUGGAGUCAUACAUGUGCUGAUUCCUACAACAGUGAUGAGUAUGCUGAGAAUCUGAUACCACAGCUUUUGCAAUAUGUGGGUGACAGCAGUUGAGUGCAUUCCUCUGAUGAAGUUCCUCAGUCAACUUUACCUUUAUAGUUUGUUAGCAAAGUCUGGCAUCUCCUUUCAAGGACGACAUGUGUUUGUGUUUUACCCCGACUGCUAUGUGCAGCAUUUUAAAUAUGAACAAAAAGGGAAAAGGUAUUUCUUUCUUAUACCUCUAAAUGAGUUUUUAGCCAAUCUUUGUUUGCCCUUAUGCCCUUAUACUGCAGUAUAAAACCAUAGUUGGCUAACUUUGCUAAUGACAUUAAGUGAUUUUUUUGGCCACUUGGGAGCAGUGCAGCAAACAGGAAACAUUACCUUUUGAAUUUGAUUUGGCAAAUAUGUUAACCAACAAGAGCAACAUUAGCUUUCAUCUGGAAUCAUGUUUCAAGCAGCCUAUUGAAUCUAAGUCCAGCUCAUUCUGCUUUUAGCUCUGUUUUGGUCCUGGGGGAAAUGUCUGGCUCUGAAGUUACUAAAUAUUCCAUCACUUUUAGAGCUUCUUUAUUGAAAACAGCUUCUGUUGCGUGUGAACCAAAACAGUAAAGUUUUGGGCCAUAAAACCAAAACAAUUAGCUGAAAGAUGCUAAAACUCCCUGUAGAGCUUCAGGGAACUGUAGUGUUUGCUAAUUAUUCUCUAUAAGGGUUCAUCACCACGAGCAACCCUUUUAACAUUACUCAUAGGCUUCUGACCCACUGUCAAUAUAAAAAUAUUGAAGAGAGCAACAUUAAAUGCAAACACACCAUAAGAUAAAUCAAAAUCAGGACACAAUAAUUACUUAUUGAUGGCACCUUCCUAUUCUAUUGAACUAUCCUUUAAAGAAACUAUGGCCUUAGAUAUAAAUGUACCUAGUUGACAACAGCACAUGGUUUUUAAGGUUUUACUAUUAAAACUUAUUUUCCUCAAUGAUGGUAUGCCGUUCUUAGGGCCAUACCUGGUAUAUCAGAGUACUGCUGUUUUGAUUAGAACAGCUUUCUUUCUGUUAGUAGAUUUGUUUUUUAGAGUAGAGCCAAAAUAAAUAUCCUACAGUUCAUACUCAGGAACAGUAUGUGUCUGUAUGUAUGUCUGGUGUGUAUGUCUGUGGUGUGUGUGUGUGUGUGUGUGUGUGUGUGUGUGUGUGUGUGUAGGUAUGUGUGUGUGUAGGCCUGAGACAGUGCAUGUCCACAGUCACACACUCCGAGCAGCAGCACUUUGAUGACGCAUCCAGCAGGAGUGCGGCGUUGGUGGUGGUGGUGGUGCCCCUGUUCCUCAAUUAUUAGAUAUAACGAGAAGAAUAAACUGACUGUUUCUCAUCAUGUUAUGUCCUACAGGUUUAUCAUUGAGAGGAAACAAUAUAUACCAGGACAGGGAAUGUAAACACACAUAGGUCAAACUAUCUUAACUUUAUUUUUGAUGACUGAUAAAGCUACUAUUCAGAGAAAGAAAGAAAGAGUUGUAGAGUUAACUAGCCAGUUGGUGUUGAUUGUGUACAGUAAAUUGUAUCCUAGAAAGUGUACAGUGUGUGUAUAGAUAUUCUAACCCUUAUGUAGCCUAUGUACUGUAUGUGCCACAGCGCCUCCUUCUUCAGUCAUUCCAUUAACUCACCAUUAUCAAGUGGUCCUGCUAUCCUUUUUGUCAGUUCAGGUAUUGAUCUAAUGUUCAUGAAUGUGCUACAGUUCUUCAGGAGCAUCUACAUAAUUUGGCCUCCUCAGAAUUUAAUUUGACUUGCACACUGUAACAUACAGUAUGUGUGAAUAUGAACUGCAGUUUGUCACAAUAGCCAUUAACCUUUUAGAACUCCUGAAAGGUGUUUAUUGUAAAUCCAGUAACGAGACUGUUCUCUUCUGUUUGUGUUUGACUGCUCAGGCUCAACACUGCCCAGUGACUGUUCUCCUCCAAAACUAUGUGGUCUUAUAUUCUUCACUGUUACAAAGUGGAGCUACUGUUUCAUCAGUUUGUCUUUGUAGCCAUUCUUCUCUCUGUAAGCCUGGCCUGUGUUUGUACUUUCCUUAAAGAAAUUGUUAUUUUUCAAAUGCAGACCUAAAAUGACACAGUGACAUACACUAUCUAUGGAAUGUGGGAUUAAUGCUAAAAGGAAAAGAGUGGUUUUAUUCUGCAUUUUUCUUAUUGUCAACAAGUCCUGUGAAAAGACCCUCUCUGUGGCACUCAGCCCCAUACCCAUUCCUUUCUACUGAAGACACAAAUCUGUGAAAAUUGGUCACAGUUACGUAGUUUCAUUUACUUACUUUAACAGCUUGGCUCUGUAGUUUUUAGCAAACAUUACUCAAACAGGAAUAAGUAGUACAUUUGUUGGGGACUAUUUUCAGCUGUGAAUUAACACAUUACAGCACCAGGACUAUGUGGAACUGACUGUAGAGAAACUACAAAACUUAUUUUCAUGUUUUUGGACAGUGAAAGUCAGUAGCACAGAGUAAUAGAGAGGUAUUCUUUUCAUGGGAUUUGGUGACAAUGGCAAAAAUAUAGAAUACUGCCUGCCUUAUCAUUUACAGUCUGCAUACCCACACAAAUUUUCUUGCUGGUUAGACCUCUGCUCAUGUUGAUGCGGGAGAAGCUCUGCUGUGAAUUAAACAACAGCUCAGUAAGAAUGAUAAAGUUGGAUAUUGUCCUGCCCUGUCAAGGCGCAACAAUAGUCAAACACAGUCUGAAUGUGCCCUCAAUGUGUUGAGAAGAGGACUAACUAGACAACAUCAGUGAAAACAUCUGUGUGGGAUGACCACAGAUGUCUAGGGGCUUUAAGUGAAACCUUAAUAUCAGUCUGUUGGAAAGGCUUAGUAACAUUAUACUCCCUCUCUGACAAAUAUCCCAGAACUAGGCCCAUUCAAAUAUGUACUUUUCAAAGCCUUUCUUAAUAAUGUUGAAUAUGGGGUAUAAGCACCACCUUGUGGUGAUUUAUGGAAUUGCACUUUGACACAAGGGGUGGGGGUGGGGUGUUUUAGUUAAACUAAUACACAUAAGUUUGUACAGCAUGUCUGAGAGAAUUUGUACACUAACAGUACAUCUCAGCGAUCUGUAAAUAGCCAAAGUCUUCCAUUAUAAUGUUGGUAUGACCUUGUCGCCAGUGGAGAGGAUAAACACUGAUCCCCAUGUACAGACCUUUGAAGUGAAGUUAAGUUUCAAGUAUACAUCAUCAUUUAUUUGACAGAAGUACAGGUUACUGCUUCACCUAAGAUAUUUUCUUUUGCACCAGCUCAAAAAUCCAGGAAAUUAUGGGAGUCAAAGACUUAAAAAAAAAAAAAAAAAAAAAAAGAUUUUGUAAUCCGGGUCUGUUUGUUGGAUAAAUCUCAGCUAAGAUACAGUAUGUCCUACGUACAGUAUGUAGUAAGUAUCAAUAAUGUUCCCUUAUUUUGAUGGUGUUGAGGUUUGCCAGUCAGAAACUGUUCUUCAGUCAGAAAUCUUUACUUCAAAUGUUUGAUUUUACAUUUGAUCAAAUAUAUUAAAAGAAAUAAAGAGUCUAAAGAAAAUCGCA